AGAGUGCAAUGUGGUCGCCGCUGGUCGUUUUAGCCUUCCUGACCCUGGCCUUCAGCCAACCGGAUGAGUUGGUGGAGGCCGCUGGUCCGUUGAAGGUACUGGGCCUCUUCCCCCAUCCCGGGGUCAGCCACUUCCACUUCUUCCACCCCAUCAUGCGGGGCCUGGCCGAGGUGGGACAUGACGUCAGUGUGGUUUCCCAUUUCCCGGACAAGCAUCCGGUCGCCCGCUACAAGGAUUUCCCCCUAACCGGGAUAGACAAGCUCACGAACAGUGUGGAUCUGAAGAUGUUUGAGAAGCGGACAUUCUAUAACCACUUUGUGGAGUUUUUCCUGCUGCACGAGUGGGGCAAACAGGCCUGCAAUUUGACCCUCCGUUCGGAGGCACUGCAGCAGAUCCUCAAGGUUCGCCAGAGAUUUGAUGUCAUUAUUAUGGAGCAGUUCAAUACGGACUGUAUGAUGGGCGUGGCUCACCAGCUCAAGGCGCCGGUGAUUGCCUUAAGCAGCUGUGUGAUGAUGCCCUGGCACUACGAGAGAAUGGGAGCUCCUUUGAUACCCUCCCAUGUGCCAGCACUUUUCAUGGCCCAGUCGCAGGACAUGGACUUUGGCGGUCGUCUGGCCAAUUGGUUUAGCACCCAUGCCUUGAACUGGAUGUACAAAUUGCUAUCUAUACCCGCUGCCGAUGCACUGGUGCAAUACAAAUUUGGCCACGACACUCCUUCGGUGGGAGAGCUGGUGAAGAACACAUCCGUGUUCUUUGUCAACCAGCACUAUUCGCUGUCGGGACCCAAGCCAAUGCCCCCCAAUGUCAUCGAGUUGGGUGGCAUACACAUCCAGAAAUCGAAACCUCUGCCUGCUGAUCUUCAGCGCAUUUUGGACAACGCGGAGGAAGGAGUGAUCCUGAUCAGCUGGGGCUCCAUGAUCCGUGCCAAUUCCCUCUCGGCCGCCAAAAGGGAUGGCAUUGUACGGGCUGUGGCUCGAUUGAAGCAGAAGGUGAUCUGGAAAUGGGAGAACGACACGCUGCCAAAUCAGCCACCCAAUAUGCACAUAAUGAAGUGGCUGCCGCAACGUGAUAUCCUCUGUCAUCCGAAUGUAAAGGUCUUCAUGUCCCAUGGUGGUCUAAUGGGCACCUCGGAGGCAGCCUAUUGUGGAGUUCCAGUGGUGGCCACGCCCAUGUAUGGCGAUCAGUUCGUUAAUACAGCCGCCUUAGUGCAACGCGGCAUGGGAACCAUCCUGAAUUUCGAGGACAUUGGAGAGAACACAGUGAUGAGGGCCUUGAAAAAGGCAUUGGACAAGAAGUACUACGAUGCCGCCAAGGUCGUCUCCCACUCGUUCAACCACCGCCCACAGCAGGCCCUGCAAUCCGCUAUUUGGUGGGUGGAGCACGUGGCUCACACGGGCGGAGCUCCGCUCCUGAAACCCAGUGCCGUUCAGAUGUCCCGGUUCGUCUACUACUCCCUGGACUGCUAUGCCGUGUUGGCCCUUAUCCUGGCCAGCAUUGUUGCCAGCUGGGUGUGGCUCCUGCGACUCUGCUGCGGAUCCAGUUCGGCUGGCAAAACCAAGAGGGAUUAGCUGGGCUCAUCCCGUCGCCGCUUCGUUUGUGGUGUAUGUGAUAUUUUAUAUGUUCUGUGUAAGAGACUUUUAAAUGUAAAGACGCCUCCUCUCAAGGACUUCAACUAGAUGUAAUUUUAGUGACGCCAAAUUAAAUAUAAUGUUUAAUACAAUUGGUAAUUACCCGUUUAUAA